AAAUAAAAUUUUUUAACGAAUAUUGUAAUUUUAAUUUAAUUUUUUAUUUCUUAAAAGUUUUGAAUUGUUUUGGUGAUACAGCUUGUAUUACUAAAUGUACAUUCAAAUUUAGUUCUUGAUAAUACAGGUUUAGUUAAGUGCUAAGUGACACAGUUUCCUAGCACUCGAAGGAAACUUAUUUUAUACAAAUGUAUGCCGGCCAAUAGUAAUAUUUUGCACAAGUACAAUGUUUAAUUUUACUUUCUUAGAUAAGAUAUGAAUCGGCAACUCAACUGAUCAAACGAUAGGAUUGAGAGCGGCGAACAAAUUAAUAUUUGAGGAAAUAAGAUGAUUAGUAUACUACGUUUAAUAAGUUUAAGAAGCGGGCAUGAGAAGAUAUUUCCCUUUAAAUUCAAGAGAAGUUUCUUUUCAAAUCAAUUUAAACCAUUCCAGAACAAACUUUUAGAAUUCCCUAAUAAUACUGCUGUGAUUGAUGACUUUGGAUCUUUUAAAUACAAAGAUAUAUUAUAUUCAAGUUUCUUGCUUGCCAAAAAAAUUAAAUCUGUGAUACCAGAAUCUGAAUGUGGUGAAAGAAUAUCUUUCCUCUGUUCAAGCGAUGCAACUUAUGUCUCAGCACUCUUAGCAUGCUGGUUAACUGGAAACGUUGCAGUUCCAUUGAAUGCUAACUAUCCCUCUGCUUUGCUUGAAUAUUUUGUAAAAGAUUCUCAGAGCAAAUUAGUUAUUGCAAACGAAAGGUUUCGUGAUCCGAUGCAAAAUAUAGCCUCUCAAGUAAAUGCUUCAUUUUUCAUAAUUGAUCGAGAUAUUCUUACAUCCCCAUCCAGAAAUAACUACAAUGAGAUCGGACGGUCUGAAUUCUGUUCUUGGAAUUCUGAUAUGGCAAAUAGAAAUGCACUCAUAAUUUAUACCAGUGGAACAACUGGGCAGCCCAAAGGUGUUGUGUUAACUCAUGGUAUCCUGCAUGCACAGGUUUCAGCUGUUGUACAGGCAUGGGAAAUUUCAUCAAAAGAUUCUAUUCUACAUACUUUACCUCUUCAUCACAUUCAUGGGAUAAUGAAUGGGCUACUAUGUCCUCUGAACGUGGGUGGAUGUCUUGUUAUGCGUCCGAAGUUUAUUGCUUCAGAAGUGUGGGAAUACUUUCUUAAUACAGAUAAGAUGAAACCAGAUGUUAAUUUAUACUUUGCAGUUCCUACUAUGUAUGCAAUGCUGAUAAGAGAGUUUGAUGAAAAGUCCAAAAAUAAUAGUAAUACAAGAAACAGACCUUUGAAUAAUAUACGGCUAAUGUCAUCUGGUUCAGCUGCUCUACCUGAGCCAGUUUUUUAUAAGUGGGAAACUAUUACUGGCCAUCGUUUAUUAGAGAGGUUUGGAAUGUCAGAAAUAGGAAUGGCUUUAUCCAAUCCCUUAAAUGGUCCACGAAUACCAGGUUGCGUUGGAAAUCCUUUGCCUAAAGUAGAAGUGAAAAUUCAGAAGGCUGAUGAUACGUCUCAUGAAACUAUUGAUAUUGUUUUUGGAAAUGAUUCAGAAGUAGUUGUCAAACCAGAGUAUAAAGGAGAAUCUGGAGAAUUAUUGAUAAGAGGUCCUAAUGUUUUUAAAGAAUAUUGGAAUAAAGAAAAAGCUACACAGGAGUCAUUUACUAAAGAUGGCUGGUUUAAAACAGGUGAUACAGCAACAUAUGAAUCUGGAUCCUUUAAAAUUCUCGGCCGAACCUCUGUAGACAUUAUUAAAAGUGGAGGGUAUAAAAUAAGUGCUUUACAAAUCGAAUCUUGUAUACUUUUACACCCUGAUGUAGCUGAAUGUACUGUGUUUGGUGUACCUGAUGAUGUGUGGGGUGAGAGAGUUGUUGCUGUUGUUUUACUUAAAAAAGGAAAACAGUUAUUAGAUACUGAUUUAAAAACUUGGUGCCAAAAUCAUUUGCCUAAAUAUUCAGUGCCUUCUGUAUUUAAGUUUGUAGAUACAAUUCCACGAAAUGUUAUGGGGAAAGUGAAUAAAAAGGAAUUGAGACUAAAAUUUUAAGUGUUGUAUAUUUAGUUUUUGCGUUACUUAAUGUUUUUUCUUGGAGAAAGAUGCUUCUACUUACUAAAUUUUCUAUGUGUUUAAUAUAUAGGGAACAAAUUUUCUAUUGUAUUGCUGAUAUUAGGUAUUUGUAUUAUAAACAUUUUAAUGGUUGAUUUUAUUAUGUAAUCAUGGACUAAAAUGUGAUAUGUCUUUAGGUUUAGUUUAGAGUUUAUUGCUCAUGUUAUUGGUGUAAUUAUAUGCCAUACUGGUGAUAUAUAUUUUAAAUGGAAUAUAAAUUUUGUAAUGAGUAGGAGGGGAAGAAAACAAUUGCACAUAAUAUCCCCACACAUCAUCUUUGUGGUUUUAAUUACAGUGUAAAAAUUUUUUAUUAAAGUCAUAUUUUGAGAUAAAUAUUCAUUUUUGUUUUAAUAGGAUGUUUUCAUAUUUUGUAUUAUCUUUAAGUUUAUGUGCAUAUCUGUGCUGUAGAGCAAAGCUUAUUUUGAUUUAGGAUGAUAAAUAAAAAGGUCCUACUUUCUGUUGCCCAGACCAUCGCUGAUAGUGAUAAUAGAAGAAUUUAAAAGAAUCAAAACUUAACUUUCAAUCUGUGGUGAUUUUUAAUAUCUAAAAACUUAGCAAAAGGUUAGCAAAUUUACAUAAAUUAAUUAUAUACAUAUGUUUAAUCUAAUUAAAAGUAUAAGCAAUCAUAUUUUUAAUUUUCUGGAACUUUUUGUAAGAUACUUAAAGAGUGAAAAGGAUAAAUAAAUCUUACUUAUGUAAUAAUUAAUUUUGAUAUUCAUAAAGACAAUAAUCUAAGUAAUAAAUAUGGUAAUGUCAUGUGCAAAUGCAUUCUUGUAGCUCUUGCUGGGCUCGGUGAAAAUCGUAUAAUGUCUAUGUUUGUCUGAUAAUUAAAUGAUUCAUUUAUUGCUAAAGUAAGAGUCAAAAUUGAUCAAGUUCUCUAAAAAAGAACUAGAGCCAUUAUAUAAAACCAUAAGAGUUUGGAAUAAUCAUUUAAGCAAAUUUACAUACAUGAGACUGAAGUGGUAAAACAUCAUAUAUAUAUAUAUAAGUAGCUUAGCUUGCAUUGUUGAGAUCAACAACUGAAAAAUUUCAGUAUUGUCAAUAUAAGCCAAAUGGUACUGAUUAAUGUUUCUUUUUAUUUAAGAAGAAAAAUGAAACUUUGAGUUUUCAUUUGGUUUUCUUUCUUUCUUUCUUUUUUUUUUUUUUUUUUU